GCUCAGAGUUAAAUUUCAUUGGUUUUGCUUAACAGACGUAUGUUCGCUAGUCUUGGAAUUUUGGAAACAUAUUUAUAUACGAAACUAAAAGAGCGUAAGUACUGAAAUGACGGAUCACAACGACACAAACAGUCAGCAGCAGACCAAUAACACAAAUGAUGCGGACGAGGAUCUUAACUAUUUGUUCAUCACACAAAUUGUUUUCUACUGCGCUAUCAGUGCGGUUGGCACCUUUGCAAACGUGAUCAUUUUGAUUGGACUCUUGCGUGGAAGACUAAGAUCAAGCGAAUGCUUCAUCAUGAAUCUUGCAAUAGCCGACUUAUUAGUUUGCGCUGUUGGUAUACCGCUGGACAUAUAUCAGCAUUACUCGAAAUGGUGGCCGUACGGCAAAGUUCUUUGUCACGUGAUCUAUCCCCUGCAAACGUCUCUCAUCCUUAUAUCAAUUCUGACCUUGAUGGGAAUGAGUAUCGAGAGACACAGGGCAAUAUGCAGCCCACUGAAGCGAAGACUAUCCAAAAAAAGUAUCCUUGCAAGCAUAGUCGUUAUCUGGUUGGUAGCAGCCGCUACCGUCACUCCUUUUGGCAAUGCAUUAAAAUACUCAUCUGUACCCGAAGAAGAAUGCCUUGAAGACUGGUCUGAACGUGACGCCAAAUAUUACACACUGACACUGUUUACUAUGGAUUAUUGCAUACCGCUGACCAUUAUUGCAUACUGUUACGGAAGAGCUGGUUAUGUUUUGCGUACACAAUUUCAACAAUUUAGCAAAAACAAAACAACAUCGUCAAAACAACCGAUUGCAACCAUGAAGAGACUGAAUCAGAGUAAGAAAAUCAUAAAAAUAUUCAGUACAGCAGUGUUAAUUUUCGUGAUUUGUGUUUUGCCUGGUGACUGUUACUGGAUGUGGCUUUCGUUCCGUGGAUAUUCGAAACAUCCGUACGACGAUCAUUUAGGAGCCUUUUCAACCAUCAUGCUAUACGCAAACUCUGCUAUUAACCCAUUUAUAUUUGGUGCAAUGCAAAUGAUAUGUAAACAAAAUCUAAAGUUGAGACUUGGCAACCAGCAUACGAACACAAGCGUACUGUCCAGAAGCAAAGAUAACUGUAGUUCAGUGAGAGCAAGAACUGGAUCAUUUCAUCAAAAUACAUUCUCGCUAAAGUCAAUUCGCAGGAAAGUGCGAUACACAAGUUUGAAUUGCAUCACAAAACAAAAUCAACCAAAGGACAACUUGGAAGAAACAAAGCAUUUGCAAAAUGGGUAUAGUCGCAAUGGCACAAAGGAAGAGUACCAAGGUAUCAACGUCACGAAAAUGCCGUGCAUCAAGGAAUGUCCCAACUCGAAUAGCAUUAAAUGUGACACCAAAAAUUUAAAUCAAUGUGAACAUACGGAAAAAAAAGAUCCAAACAAUAAUACUGGAAACACAAGAAGUCAGUUUAUUUCUCAAAGUACGCAUAAUACACAAUGUUUUCCUAAAGUUGAAGAAAAGAAGAAUGUGAGCGAACACAAUAUUCACACAAUAAGAGCAACACGUGAAGUCAAGGAAGAGAAAAGUAACAAGGAAAAAAGACUAGGUAGGGUUGCAACAUCAGCCGUGAACAUGAUAUGUCCAAAAAGUAUCAAACCUGACAGACCACGUGGUACGUCAGUUUUUGUUUGUGAAGGUUUCGAUCACAAUAAGUGCAGUAAAGAAUUUAAUGAAUCGAAAUAUUUGCAUGAAACCGAUUUGUAGUGUAAGCUUUUCGAUCAAAUACAUUAUUAAUAAGUGUAGUAUAUUCUGUAUUGAUCAUGAACGCUACAUCGACAUUAUAUAUUAAUGUCGAUCAUUAAAAUUAAUGGUGAGGUCGAUCAAUAUCAUUUCAAUGAUUUCCUGGGUGGUUUUCCAUGUAUUUUUCCAUGGAUUACAAAACAACGGGAUGCUGCUUUUAAUUUCUUUUGUUUUUAUAACGACCACUGUAAGCGAUAUAUUUUUUGUAUUAUACAUAAGUUAUUAAACUGAUUUUCCUGUUCA